AAAGGUCAUUGAAACUCAAAAGCGCAAGAUGCACAUUGCGCACCAACCUUCCACUUCCGCUCCAAACAAAGAUUAAGGUACACUCUCUCUGCUGGCAAUCUCCAUCUCCAUCAGCUGUGGAAGCUUCUCCUCUUCUCUCUUUCCUUUUGUCAACUCUUUAAAAGGACCCUCAAUCAAACCGCUUAAAAAACUUAAAACCCUUCACUCCGCUCUCCCACCUCCACAAAACCCAACACUUCAGCCAAAAAAUAACACACUUUUCCUGUUUCUUGUUCUUUUAAAGAACCCAAAAAUUCGGAUCCAAAUUCCAACUCACCCCAUUUUUCAUGAAAACGGAUCCUUCAAAAUGGAUCCUCCAUUGAUCAAUGAGUCAUCUUUUUCAGCAGCUAAUCCUUCAGCUUACGGCCUUGCUGAGAUUUGGCGUUGUCCUUUCCCAAUCAAUCCAGGGUCUGACACAAAUGUUGUAACUGGAGGUGGAUUGGGGCUCCGAAUGAGUAAUUUGGGAGGGUAUGGGGAGACUUCGGGUCAUAGAGAUGGGUCCGUGGAGGAAUCUACUUUGACUGAGCAGAGUGUUGGAUGUGGAGGUGGCGGUGGAGGCGGGAGAAAAAGGAAGGAUUUGAGCUCUGAAGAUGAAUCUUCCAAAAUUGUUUCUACUACUACUAGCGCAACUGAAUUGAAUGAUUCAAAUGGAAAACGGAUGAAAGCUUCCGUGGCGAAGAAUGAAAAUGCGGGUUCUAAAGCUGGGGUUGAAGCGACUUCUGCAGCUGGUAGCAAGCCAGAACAGAAUAGUAAACCUGCUGAACCGCCUAAGCAAGACUAUAUUCAUGUCAGAGCCAGAAGGGGUCAAGCUACUGAUAGUCAUAGUCUGGCUGAGAGAGCCCGGAGAGAGAAGAUAAGUGAGAGGAUGAAGAUUCUUCAAGAUUUGGUCCCUGGAUGCAACAAGGUUAUAGGAAAGGCACUUGUCCUUGAUGAGAUUAUUAAUUAUAUCCAGUCGCUGCAGCGGCAGAUUGAGUUCCUUUCAUUGAAGCUAGAAGCACUUACUUCAAGGACAAACAUGAAUCCUAGCAUUGAAGGCUUUCGUUCAAAGGAUCCUGGUUCACAGCCAUUUUGA